GUUGUUAUGGUUUUUUUUUUUUAAUUUAACCUCAAAGAGCCUUAAUCUCUUAUGUUAUUUUAACUCGACCUAACUUAAACUUUUAUAUUUUCCUGCAUUAUAAAGACUUUGAUAAUGAGUUUGCUAUAUAUUGGUACUGCAAUGAUCUAAAUGCACACUAGUGUUUUAAAACAAGUUUUCAGGAGAAAUUUCAGGCCAAUGGCAUCCGUAGCUAUGUAUGAAGGACCAGAGUUUUCUAUGGAAGAUUGUAAAAACCAUCUGUCUCAAUUCUGUGGAGGGUCCUUUGAUUUGCAAAUUGACGAUUCUUGUGGGAUUGCCACUUUAGUGAUCAAUCAUUUGGCCAAGAAAAACGCCAUCACCGGUUCAAUGAUGGUGCAGUUUGAAGAAGUUGUUUGCACGUUGGAAAAGUGGAUCAAUGGAAAAGGUCUAUUACUAUACGGUGCUGAAGGCAACUUUUGUUCUGGAGGAGAUUUGAAUUUUGCACAGAAAACUAGCUCCCCUGAAGGAGGAUAUAAAAUGGCAACAUUCAUGCAAAAUGUUCUCUCUCGUCUUCAGAAAAUUCCACUCAUAUCAGUUGCCUUUAUUGAUGGUUAUGCUUUAGGAGGCGGGGCGGAGCUGGCCAUAUCAUGUGAUUUCAGAUUAUUUUCAAAAAAUGCAUCUCUAGGAUUUGUCCACGCAAAAAUGGGAAUCAUGCCAGCUUGGGGAGGUAUGACAAUGGCUAUUCAAACCUUGGGUUACAAAACAGCGUUGGAUCUGGUAUCAACUGCUCGUCUGGUAAGAACACCAGAGGCUCAGAAUAUCGGACUUUGUGAUGCUGUUGUUGACAGUGCUGAAGAAGCCAAAGCAUGGUUAUCUGAGCGAGUCAAGUGGGAUGUUAGUGCCACAAGAGCAAUCAAAGCAGUUGCAGCAAAUGUCAGAAAUAGUCACCUAACAGAAGAACAUAUUUGGGAUUAUGAAAAGAAAGUGUUCUCUCCACUGUGGGGUGGUCCAGCAAACCAGCAGGCUUUGCAGAGUAAAGUCAAACACAAGUAGAAGACAGAAGACAGCAGUGAUUACUCAACUUUUUUAUUAUUUCAACACUGUUGAAAUAAUUUAAAUCCUAAUAUUGUAUUUUAAUUCGUAUUGUUAAUUGUUUGCCAAUUACGGCUUACACACUGUUUAUAAGAGACUAGCUCUUAAGUAUGUGAUCGUUUUUGGAGCAUUUGCCUUAAGAAUUGCAUUAAGGAAGAAGGCAGGGUGUCCGAAGGGAGUGGCAACCGGGGCGCUUGCCACGGUUGCCGUGGCUGAGGGGGUGCCGCGCAGCUGCUAUUUGUAUUAACAUUGUAUCAAAAUAUCCGAAUGUGACUGAGUGAAAACUUAAAAACGUACGUUUACUGCGUUUGGUCGUGACAAUAGCUUAAAUAUCAUUGUAAAUUGAACAGUUUAGUUCAAUUGAAACACAUAUUUUAAUUAUAACUAACAGUAUAAUUGAAGGAUUGUUUAGAAAGAUUUAGAUUAUUCCAGACAAUAUACGACCGUACCGCUUGUCCCUGACCAUCACGUUUAUGAUUUCUAUCAUAAAAAUUUCAAAAAUUAAAAUAUCAUCAUAUUUCAAUGUUUUAUACACAAAAGAAGCACACCUCUAUAAAAACAUAACAAUUUUUCGGGUCUCAGGUAAGUUUUUUCUGAGUUAUACAAACUUAAAAGAUUUUAUUGGCUUUUUUUCAUUUUUAUUUUUUCUAGAUAGACCAAAUAUACCUACCAAAAGCUUAUUUGUAUAAUGGCCAUAAAAGUAAAUUAAUUUAUAGCAAAAUAUAGUUAUAAAAAUAAUAUUAACUAUUGUUAAUAUUCAGUUUUAUGUCCGAGAUGGUCGUGACAAAAUUUUGUGUUUUCGAUCAAAGAUGCUCUAUUUAUAAAAAAUCACCAAAGAUAUUGCGUUACCAUGGACAUUUUAUGAAACUUCAAAUGUCAAUGAAAUAAAAAAUAUAAAAAAAGUUUCAAAAAACUGAACAAAAAAUUUUAAAAGUGCUUUUCCUGAAAACGUACGUUUUUAAAUUUUCACUCGACUAUUACUGCUGAGUGGGAGGGGGCGCCACGACCAGGUUUGCUCCGGGCGCCGCCAACCCUAGGGACGGCUCUGGAAGAAGGAAUAAACUUUACCCCAGGCCCGGGUAAAUACCCAAAAACUGGGUAUUUAUAAUUUUUAUUAAAGUUAGAGAAGAUUGAGAUGUUUUUUUGCAAUUAUUACCCUGAAAGGAUAGUAAAAUGAUGAUAAAAUGCGUCAAACAAAAUUUCAUAUGGUCACUACUAGCAUUUUACUUCUGGGUAUAAUCGCCAUAAAUACCCAGGUCUGAGCAUGAAGCUUAAUCGGCAUAAAUAUCCUGGUCGCAUGGUUGCACUGGUCCUGACCACUUAUGAUUUUUUAAUUUCUAUGAUAGAUAGAUGAAUUCAUUUUAUUGAAAGUGAAGAAAAAGAAUUUGUAAAGUAAUAAUUAUUAUUUAGAAAAAAAGACAAAUUUAACCUUGUAGUGGCCUAUGUGUAAACAACUUAAGAAAAUAAUUAAAAUUCAAUAUGUAGGAUGGCAGGAUUUAAUAAUAUUUUCUAUUUUUUUAUUUUGUUCUAGAUCUUUUGUUGGUAUCAAUGGUGUCAAAAUAAAAAAAACUAAUUUCAUGAACUUGUGAUACAAAACAUUUGAAUCUAUAGCACAAUAAAUCUUUCAACAAUUCCUGGAUAUUUAUAAAUUCAAAUAAUUUUGUUUAAUUGGUUAUAAAUCUAUAAAAUUAUAAAAAUUGAAAGCCUUUUUUAAUAAACUAUUUUUUAGUAAGUUAAAUUUAACUUAUGUUACUCGAUUUAAGACACGAAACCCCAGUCUCAAUUAAAAACUUAAGGUAUUAUUUUAAAAAAGUGCUAAAUCAUUAAAAGGUACUAGCAAAGCUUCAAGUUACUGUAAAAGGUGUUAAAGACUAUCCUAAUUUAUCAUGUAAUGAUAACUAUAACAUAUUUAGGGUAAAUAUAAAUGAAUUUCAAUCGAUUUCAUAAAUACCCAAAAUACCCGGGUAUUUAUGGAUUUUGGGUAAUUACCCGGGUAAAUACCCAGAGUAAUUACCCGGGUAAAUACCCAGAGUAUUUACCCCGAGUUUUAAAUACCCGGGUAUUUUACAUCACUAUCCAGCAGUUAAACAGCACACAAACAACACAAUUUUAUAUUUGACCCCUACAACAGGGGGGUUCUUUGAAAUAAUACUACUGUUGAAAGGCCUCUUCCUCUUCCUUUCUUAGUUCCUUCUGAAGAAGCUUCCUUGUGACUUGUGAGGUGAAAUAUCAAAUUAAUUGUGUUGUAACUUUUUGUGAGCUGUUAACUGCCUGGAACUCUUUUUUUUUUAAAUAAGUUAGUUGGCGAUCCCCAUCUUCUAUAAUAUUUUGUUAAGUCUGUGAUAGUGGUUGGUAGUAAUGGUGAUACUAUUCAUUUUUAGUUGCACAUGGUGAACUAAAUUAGCAAUGGUUAUUGAUUUAGUGAUGAGAUAUUUUAUUUUUGGUUGUUUAAUAAAAUAAAUUUAUCCUGUAUAAGAUUA